AUGGGAUUUAAGGAUUUUGAAUCCGUUUCCAAAUCAAAGAAAUUUGAGGCAUUUCUCCGACGCGCCACUGCAAGACGGUAUUUUGGAGGCGAUGGUGAUGUGGUUGCAAUGUGUAACGUUCUGCUGUUGAGAAACAACUUAAAUUUGAGUCCAGAUAUUGCUGAAGUCUCACAGGAGAAAUUGCUUUCAUUGGUUGCUGAAAGAUUAAUUGAUUCAAAUAGUAGUGUGAAUGGCAAAGAUGCAGGCUAUGUUGAAAAUCAACAACAGAACAUUGCUGAUGUAAAUAUAAAAUUUAGGAUUGCUACUGGAAUUGAUGUAAAUAUAAAAUUUAGGAGAAUAGCUGAUUUUGAAUUCACUCGAGAGUGUGCCAUAUUUGAUCUGCUGGACAUUCCUUUGUAUCAUGGCUGGAUGGUUGAUCCUCAGGAUUAUGACACUGCGAAUGCAAUUGGAUCAAAGUCCUAUAAUGCCCUUAUGGGAGAGCUUGUCUCUCUUGAAACACUAAACAUGAAUGUCCAUCAUGAAAAUAAUCCGGAAGAUUGUGUUGAUUUUGUGGCUGCAACAACUGCUACUCUUGGAGUUCCUUCUCCCAGUCUUUUAAAAGCCAGGUCGUUUGAUUAUUCUUCUCAUUCUAUUUCUGAUCAUAUACAAAGAAAAGGUGAUCUAGAAGAAGAGGCAGAGUUGUUGAGAGUCUUGAAAAUGUCCGAGGCUGAAAAUGAUCCUGUUGUAGGUCACAUAAAUGGAGGAGAAAUUUCUGUCAGUAUGGAUAGAAAUAUGUGUGAUGAGGAGGUUAUAAAUACGGAUUCUGGAGAUAAAUUAGGAAAUAGCACUGGUGCUGGUAACAGUAACUUUCAUGAAGAUGGCCCCGAGCCUUCCUUAUCUGAUGAUUGUGCUACUUCUGGCAAAGACCACAACGAACGGAUAUCUUCUACUUCUACACUGGGAGAGGCAACUAAUUCAUCCUUAAAGACUGAUGCCAUAAAUGACCUUCAUUAA